GCCGCCUCCUGCUGUCCCGGACUGGCCGCGGAUAUCUCGCGAGAGAGCGCGGUAACCUUUGGAGACUCUGCCUCUUCCGCUGCGCGCCACCGGUAACAUGGCGGACGAUGGAGAGCAGCCGACCACAAACACGGUGGAGGAGCCUCUGGACUUGAUCCGGCUGAGCUUGGAUGAACGGAUCUAUGUGAAGAUGAGGAACGACAGAGAACUCCGGGGGAGGUUACAUGCCUAUGAUCAGCACUUGAAUAUGAUCCUGGGAGAUGUGGAGGAGACGGUGACCACCAUCGAAAUUGAUGAGGAAACCUAUGAGGAGAUUUAUAAGUCUACGAAGAGAAACAUCCCCAUGCUUUUUGUCCGCGGUGAUGGCGUUGUGCUCGUAGCUCCUCCAUUAAGAGUUGGAUGAUGAGUUUCAGCAAAGAGUCUCUAACAAGCCCGAGUCCCAAGAACCUCCACUGUCUCUUCUCACCCAAUCCCAGACACAGGGAUAUUUUUCUUGCUCAUGGCAAGAGUUCAUAACACAGAGCCUAAUUCAAUAUAUCUCCUUCUGAUGGGAAACUACAAGACCCAGCAUUCCUUCCCAGCUAGGGAUGAGCAGAAACUGCCUUGUUUCAUAUCAGCAGGAGAGCUUCAGAUUGCCUAUGGGUUCUGUAGCUCUGCAUUGCAGAGAGGCAAUUCUAGUCUUUAGACCUGAUUCACACCUAUGCAUUUUUAUUUUUUGUGCUUUUUUCAGAUUUGCACUACACUCCAUUUAUCAUGGUUUCCUAUGGAACAGGUUCUGUAGUGCAAAAAGCACUAAAAAUGCCAUAGGUGUGAAUCGGGCCUUAAUCUUAAUACAGCAAAAUUGUGUUUCCUUUUGGCAGAUGCCGCAGUUUUUAUUUUGUAAUGAAUUUUGAUGGUGUGUGAAAGUCGGCCCAAAAAUUUCCUUUUUUAUAUUUGAUGGAAGCAGCAGAAGGCUUGUACAGGUUUUACUGUAUCUGUUUGGUUUAGAAUGGAACUUUCAAAUCGCUGAUGCUUGUGUUGGAGUGGACAUGUCGUCAUGUCAAUUAAACUUUUAUUUUUAGAGCCGACUAAAA